UACAUUUUGGUUAUUUUUUUAAAUUUAUUAAUAUUUAUCACCAAGGAAACACUUAACUAAAUACGAAGCCGUAAUAUAACCAGCAGCGUUUUGAUAAAUAACAUUUAAACGUUGCAAAUAUUCAAAAUAAAAUGAUUGGAUAUAUUUUUCUAGGUUGCCUUGUGUGCUUUGUGUUUGGCAGUCCUUAUAUACAAACGAAUUUAGAAUUAUCGACGCCAAUUAUACAACAGGUUACUUAUCCUAUUGAUCACGCUGAGGGGCCUUCAUGGGACGCCCGAAAAAAUAUUUUAUUUUACGUGGACAUUCACACGGGCAGAGUAUUUAGUUACCAUUACAACACGUCGCUCGUUCAUUACAUUACACUAAACGGAAACGUUACGCCAGUCGUUACCUCGGAAAAUAACCCUAACCUGCUUAUUGUGGGCUUGAACAGGUCGGUGGUAGCCGUGGAGUGGGAUGGGACAAACGAAAUUGGAAAUCAACGGGUACUUACAACUGUUUCCGAAGAGUUUCCUACUAGUAGAAUGAAUGAUGGAAAAGCUGACAAAGAAGGCCGUUUGUGGUUUGGAACGAUGGGUGCAGAAAAUACUAGCACUGGUGCUUUAACACCUAACAAUGGUGUACUUUACAAAAUUACAAAGGAUAAUUUAGAUAAUCCUGCUAUUGAAAUAGCUCCAGUUAAUAUCAGCAACGGAUUAGCAUGGAAUUCAGCAAAUGACCUGUUCUAUUACAUUGAUACUCCAUCAUUAACGAUAGUCGAAUAUCAGUAUGAUGAUGUAAACGGGACUAUUUCGAACCCACGAGUUGCUGUAAAUAUAAGAAGUUUCACGAAUCUUACUGGCAGCCCCGAUGGAAUGACUAUAGAUAUAGACGACAAUCUCUGGAUCGCACUCUAUGGAGGGGGAGCUAUUAUAAAAGCAGAUCCAAAAACUGGCGAACUUUUACAAGUCGUAGCUUUACCAGCUCGAGAUGUAACAUCAGCUAUAUGGGGUGGGCCAGAUCUCGAUAUUCUCUAUGUAACAACGUCUAGAGUUUCGUUAACAUCAGAUGAGAAAAAGUAUUAUCCAGAAGCAGGAAGUGUAUUUGCUGUAACUAAUUUGUUUACAAAAGGACGUCCAGUCUUUAAUGCUAACAUAGUAGAUAAUAUAUAACAAAUAUUU